AUGUCUAGUACUAGUCCACCACCAUUACCAGAGAGAAAAUCAGAAUCAGAAAACGUUUUAAAUGAAACGCUGGAACUUCCGCCUCUUCCUCCAAGAAAUUCUAAGUCAUUAGCGACGGUUCCAUUGACGUAUACUUUGAAUGAUGGUUUAUCAACUAUCACAAUUAUCCGACAAUUGGAAACAUAUUCAUCGCCUGUGAUGAACGAGGCUUCAGAUUUAUUUACUAUUACUGCAGUUGGUCAAGAUAACGUGAAAAGUAAAUUAGACACACUCAAACUGAACAAAUCUGAUGAUAAUUCGGAAGAAGACAUGGAUUUCUGGUAUGCCUAUAUUGAAGACUAUAGCAACCAGUUGAUAAGAGAUAAAAGAAUCGAAGAGUUAGAAAGACAUAUUAUAAAAGGUAUUCCAGAUAAUAUAAGAUCAUUGGUGUAUCUCAAAACGUUACAGGUGAGAUAUAAGUUAAAUAAAGAGACCUACAACACAUUAUUGAAAAAAGCAAAUAAUUCCCAAACGACCAAAAGCCAGCAAGUAUAUAUCGAUAGCUUGGCAAUUGAUAGCAACUUGAAAGAGGUUUUAACCAUUUUCAAUUAUUAUACUAAUGAAGUUAUAACCCCAAGAGCCGCCAAAUUAGAAGCGAUCAAUAAUGAAACUGCCAGUAACGGAUUUGAAAGUAAUAAAAACUUGCCGCCUAACAACUUCGUUAUAUGCGUUAGUAAAUUAGUAGCAGCUAUACCAAAUUUGCAAAACGAAGAAAUCUUGUUUCUUUUGCUUAAAUUUAACAAGCUUUUUAUCAAUUUAAUCAAAGAUGAAUUUUUUUAUAAAGCUAAUAGAUCGUUAGAGGAUUUAUGUCCAGAAGCAUUCGUUUAUAUUACAAAACAAGGGAUUAAUUUAACUACCUUUUAUAAGAAGACUUUAUUCAGCUUUUUCAAUAAUCAAAUCCUCGACACUGGAAUAUUAUUUACCCUUUUGGACUUCAUUGUGAUCGAAGGGUUCGAUUUCCUUCAUAGGUUAUUAGUUGCGGUAUUUAAAGCAAACGAAUCAUAUAUUACGACUCUUGACGGUAAUGAGUUGAACGAGUUUUUAAAUUCAUCAAAAUUUUUUGAUGCCUUAUCAAGACUGGAAGAGGGGGUUGAAAUUUUAUCUGUAUUGAAAUAUGAACCCGAUAUAAUAAAGUAUGAAAACGAAUUCCAUUUGCUUCAUGCUAAUUCGUUGAACAACAACAACAACGAAUUAACGAAUUUAAAAGAAGUCAAUGAUGACUUGAUUAUCAAAAUAAAUGAAUUAAGACAACAAUUAGAAAAUCUAAAAAACACUCACUCAGAAAUCUUAAAUCAAGGAGACGAACAUUAUAAGGAGCUUCAAGAAAAGCAAAAAGAAAAGACGGAGUUGACGGCUCUAAAAGACGAGUUAGUUGAAAAAUAUGAACACUUAAGUAUGAAGGAAAAUGUGAAAAAUACAACAAAGGCCAAUAAGGAAUUUGCAACAAGAAAUGCUGACUUGGAAACACAGAUAUCUGCAAUGAAGAAGAAAAUAGAAGAGAAGAACGCUAAGCUUGCAAAAUAUUCAACUAAGUAG